ACACGUGUCCCUGGACUCAGGGUGCAGGAAUGCCAGCAAUGCGGGGAGAUAGAUUGGACAGACCGAGCGCUGAGGGACAGGGCUCAGUCCUUCGGCUUUCUUCAGGGACGGCGCAGCUCCUUCGCCUAGCGGACCCUUCUCAACACAGGUUUCUGGCUUGCACCUUCGUAACAAUGUCAGGCCAUACUCCACCUCUGACGAGACUGGAGCAAAAGCCCAGUGAAGCGGACCAGAUUAUGGAAUACUUCAAACAGCAGGUCCAGCUGCUGAAGGAGAAAGCUCUGUUACAGGCCUCAAUCAGGGAGGAAAAGAAACUGCUGGUGGAAAACGCAAAGCUGAAAAAGGACAUCGAAGAACUUAAAAACCUGCUGCAAGAUAAACAGAAGAGGAAAGCAGUGAAGCAGGUGACUGUGCCACCAGUCCAGUGCACCUCCAAAUUAGACACUCCAGAGUCAAAGACCCCCACUGCCUGUACCGCCCACGCCACCGUAGCCUCCACCACCACCACUACUACCACCCCUGCCACUCACAAAGAUGAGGGCAAAAGGAGGAAAGCCGAAAGGAAAGGAGAGAAGAGGGAGAAGAAGCAGGGUGUAGCGACCCUCGAUCAUGAUGCCAGGGAUGAUGUGUCCCGUCUGGACCUGCGUGUGGGUCGAAUCAUAACUGCCAGGAAGCACCCAGACGCCGAUUCACUGUACGUGGAGGAGGUGGACGUGGGAGAAGCCGCGCCCAGGACAGUGGUCAGCGGGCUAGUCAAGCACGUUCCUUUGGAGCAGCUGCAGAACCGGAUGGUGGUGCUCCUGUGUAAUCUGAAGCCAGCCAAGAUGAGAGGCGUGGUGUCCCAGGCCAUGAUCAUGUGUGCAAACUCCCCGGAGAGGGUGGAGGUCUUGGAUCCACCCAGUGGAGCUGUGCCGGGGGACAGGGUCACUUUCCAGAGUUUCCCUGGUGAGCCCGACAAAGAGCUGAACCCCAAGAGGAAAGUAUGGGAGCAUGUCCAAGCGGACCUACGCACUGACAGCAAGUGUGUGGCCACGUACAAGGGGGCUGCUUUCGAAGUCAGGGGAAAAGGAUUGUGCAAAGCGCAAACCUUGAGCAACAGUAGCAUCAAGUAAGAGUUGUAUAAUCAUCCUCUGUCUUAUCAGGAAAAGGAACAUGUCAAGAAGCAACGCUCAACUGUAACCAUAUGAUGCAAUC